CCUCCUGACGUGUGAGAUCCCAUGGCUAUCCUGUCCACGUCGCCAGCGCCAACCCCUCCACGGAGAAGAUCGGUGUCACAGGCUUCAGGUCGUGAUCCCUCACUCCCUGCGGUGGAUCGACCACGAAGCACCUCCUGCGGCCGCCAGGUGCCGACGCCACGAAGCCAAAGCUUACAAAGAUCGCUUGGCCCUCGCGGCGAGGCCCGGAGCGAGGCUCGGAAGAAGGAGCCUCCGCGGGUUGAAGGACUGCCUGCAGUCCUGUUUCUGGAUGUGGAUGGUGUUCUCCACCCGGUGCAGGCGCGGCAUCCGCGGCAGCAGUUUGCCACUGGCUGUCUGGCGCUUGUGGCCGAUGUGGUAAAGGCCACUGGGGCUGCCAUUUGCCUCUCCACUGCCUGGAGAUUGGAUCCCUCUGCACGGCGCUUUGUGGAGGAAAAACUUCGAGAAUUUGGGUUGGGUCCUCCAAUUGGACGGACCCCGAACCUGGCUCAAUUUCACCGCAGCCGAGAAAUCCUCGCGUGGGUCACAAAGUUCAAACCAAGCACUUGGGUGGCCUUGGAUGAUUGGCCCCUAAACGAGGAGGAUUCGAAGAUGCAUGGCCACUUUGUACAGUCUCGACCCCGUUUCGGGCUUCAGCCGGACACAGCUCAGCGUGUGGUGGAACUCUUCAAAGCGCAACAGCAACCCUUGAAGAGCCACGCUUGAGGAGCCACGCUUGAGGGGACCUAGAUUGAGUUGAAGUCCCGCGGCCAAGUCGCAGGGCGCUUGGGCAGCUGAAUGAGAAGAGACCAUGCCAAGACUGACUUAGCAGUGCGUAAUUUUGCAUUGCCUUUUGCAGUUGGCAUCACAUGUCAACUGGGGGACGGUAAUAUCAUUAGGAGCAUGGUGUUGGGUCCAAAUCAAGCAACAGAGAAGAUCUCACGAUAUGAGAUGUCCCAGAGAGCAAGCGCGGAAACUGCGCGAGAAUUUGUCCAUAUUCAAAGAUGGCAGUGUGCAAUUCAAAGUUGCUGGCACUGCCUGCCAUGGUUUCACGCGCGAAAGCUUUUUUGUAUGUUAUUUGACAACAAGUGGUUAUUUUUUUUAUCAGAAGGUAAAGGUGC